AUGGGCGCCUAUCUCUAUGGGCGCCUAUUUCUAUGGGCGCCUAUCUCUACGGGCGCCUAUCUCUAUGGGCGCCUAUCUCUAGGGGCGCCUAUCUCUAGUGGCGCCUAUCUCUAUGGGCGCCUAUCUCUAGGGGCGCCUAUCUUUAUGGGCGCCUAUCUCUAUGGGCGCCUAUCUCUAUGGGCGCAUAUCUCUAUGGAUGCCUAUCUCUUUGGGCGCCUAUCUCUAUGGGCGCCUAUCUCUAGGGGGGCGCCUAUCUCUAUGGGCGCCUAUCUCUAUGGGCGCCUAUCUGGGCGCCUAUCUCUAUGGGCGCCUAUCUCUAUGGGCGCCUAUCUCUAUGGGCGCCUAUCUCUAUGGGUGCCUAUCUCUUUGGGCGCCUAUCUCUAUGGGCGCCUAUCUCUAGGGGCGCCUAUCUCUAGGGGCGCUUAUCUCUAUGGGCGCCUAUCUCUAUGGGCGCCUAUCUCUAGGGGCGCCUAUCUCUAUGGGCGCCUAUCUUUAGCGGCGCCUAUCUCUAGGGGCGCCUAUCUCUAG